CGCGCCUGCCGCCGUUUACUGCGCGCUGCGCUCCCGGCUCCACGCUCCUCUGCCCUCCCCCCUUCACUGUCCCUCGCCGCGCCGGCCCCAGUGCCAUCAUCCCGCGGCUCCGCGGACCCCCGGCCGGCCGAUUGGGAACUCGCCUGGAGCGUUUCCCCUGCGAGACCUGGGGGCCGGCGGGGCCGCAGCAGCGGGAUGGGCCUGAGCCCGGCUGCGAGGGAUAAGUACGUGCGCCACCUCGCCAGGUUGCCUCUGCCGCGCCUCAAGCCCGCCCGAAAACCCGCCAGCAUCCGGCCAAGUGACUAUCGACCUGAGCCAGGACGUCCAGCGGUGCCCCACCCAGAAGAAGAGUCCCAAGCACUGGUCCAGUUCCUGCCCAAGCAACCUCAGCAGGACACAUCAGAACAGGGCGAAAGCAUUCACCAGGGAUUGACUCAAUUCACUUUCAUUAAAAAUAUGACGAUUGCCUCCUUUAAAAAAAAAUGCCGUGUGGCUGGAAUUUUGAGGAAGACCUGUGUUGAAGAGACCUGUAGUUCUGAAGAGGAGCCAAGUCCUGGGGAAAGAGAGAAGUCCAGCGAUAACGUGGAGACCACACCCACCCAGAAGAGAGUAGAGUUGGAUUCAACACCCAAGGCUGAGAGGGAGGGCACGUCAAUGAAUCAAGCAGCUGAGGUCAAACCAAAACCCAGACCCGGAGACCUGAUUGAGAUUUUUCGAAUUGGCUAUGAGCACUGGGCCAUCUACGUAGAAGAUGACUAUGUGGUCCAUCUGGCUCCCCCGAGUGAGGAAUUUGAGGUCGGCAGCAUCACCUCUGUCUUUAGCAACCGCGCAGUCGUGAAAUAUAGCCGCCUGGAGGAUGUGCUGCAGGGGUGUUCCUGGAAGAUCAACAACAAGCUGGACGGGACCUACCUGCCCCUGCCGGUGGACAAGAUCAUCCAGCGCACCAAGAACAUGGUCAACAAGAUCGUGCAGUACAGCCUGAUCGAAGGGAACUGUGAGCAUUUCGUCAACGACCUCAGAUACGGCGUGCACAGGAGCCAGCAGGUGGAGCACGCCCUGAUGGAAGGAGCAAAGGCAGCAGGUGCGGUCAUCUCAGCUGUUGUGGACAGCAUCAGGCCCAAACCAGUAACUGCCUGAAAGUGCUGGAAACUUCACAUCGAGGAAAACCUACCGGCACCUGCAUAAAGAGAAUGCCUCUUUUCCUUCCCUUGCCUCCCUCUCUCAAUGGCCCUGUUAAGAAAAUUGUGAGCUUCUGGAAGAA